AUUGUAUAUACAGUAAGGAGACAGACGAGACAUCGGAAAUUGAGCAGUGAAUGGAAAUUUAAGAUGAAAAUGACAUGAAUACAGGAAAGCAACACUUGUCCAGCGAUGUCCUUCUCGAUCUCCCGGCCUUUACCCCGGGCCUCGCCAAGCAUCACCCGCGAAAAUUUGCAGUCCGCGGCUUGAGCCCGCGUUCCCCGCAAAGUCCAGUGCAACUCGCUCCUCAUUCUGUCUAGUCCGUUCGAAAAUCUUGCCCUUUUUCACCAAUCCCACAUUGCAUCUCUUAGCUCAUUACCCCGAGAAGACUCACACCCCCCCCCUGAAGUCCGCUCGCGUGUGAUGUCCCCCCGGGUGGGUACUUGGUAGUUUUUUCUUUUAAGUCUCCGCGCGUCUCCGAGCCUUGAAAUUUUGAACGUCUCCUCCGACCCCAUUCCACCCUGCAGAAAUCCCCCACCCCUUCUUGCGACGUGCCUCCGAUCCCGUCUCACACCUGCGGAGACCACCCACGCGACAAAAGCAUGGCGGACUCCAAGGUGCACGACCCCAUUGCGCCGGCGGAGGCGGCCCCGCGCUACCCCUCUGACGGCCAUGAGGGUCAGGAGGGUUGGUCCUCCGACUCCUCGAUGAAGACGAUUAUCCAAAAUGCAAAAGCGGCGACGGAGAAGGAGCAGAGUAUGAGUUUGCUUCAGGGUAUCAAGUUGUAUCCUAAGGCGGUUGCGUGGAGUGUGCUUAUUUCGACUUGCAUUGCGAUGGAGGGAUACGAUAUCAGUUUGGUCAACAAUUUCUAUGCUUUUGACCAGUUCAAUCGCAAGUACGGCGAGCAAUUGGCGGAUGGAUCAUAUCAAGUACCGGCCAGGUGGCAAUCAGGUUUGAGCAACGGUGCCUACGUCGGCGAGAUCAUCGGUCUAUUCAUCAACGGAUGGGCUUCGGAGCGUUUUGGAUACCGUUAUACGAUCAUGGGCUGUCUCGUUCUGGUCAGCGCGUGGACGGCAAUCUUCUUUACGGCUCAGAAUGUGCAGUCUCUCCUCGCGGCGGAGAUUCUGUGUGGUGUUCCCUGGGGUGUGUUCCAGACCUUGACGAUCACGUACGCCUCCGAGGUGUGUCCCGUCGCGCUGCGUGGAUACUUGACCACCUACGUCAACUUCUGCUGGGGCCUCGGCCAGCUCAUUGGAAUUGGCGUGAUCAAGGGAAUGCUCAACCGGGAUGACCAAUGGGCCUAUCGCAUUCCAUACGGUCUGCAGUGGAUGUGGCCUCUGCCUCUUUUCAUCGGCAUCUUCCUUGCUCCCGAAUCUCCCUGGUGGUUGGUUCGACGAGGCAGAACCAAGGAUGCGAAGCGGGCUCUGGAACGACUGACAAGUGACGACCGCGAAACCGAUUUUGACGCCGACGAGACGAUCUCAAUGAUGGUGCACACUACUGCCCUGGAGGCCAAGAUUACAAAGGGCGCCAGCUAUCUCGAUUGCUUCAAGGGAACUGAUCUGCGCCGGACGGAGAUUGUCUGUAUGGUCUGGGCCAUUCAGAAUCUGAGUGGAAACUCAUUCUCGAACUAUUCCACGUACUUUCUGGAACAGGCUGGUCUCGACUCGUCCAAUGCCUACAACUUUGCCAUGGGUCAGUACGGUAUCAACAUGGUCGGUGUCUUUGGAGCGUGGUUCCUGAUGACUCUGGGAAUCGGUCGGCGUACCUUGUGUCUGUACGGUCUCUGUGGCCUGUGCGCUAUGCUUCUGGUCAUGGGCUUCCUUGGCCUUGUGCCAGAAUCUCAUCGUGAUCAGGGGUCUAUGGCUACCGGUGCGCUGAUGCUCGUUUGGGCACUUUUCUACCAGCUCAGCGUGGGUACCGUCUGCUAUUCACUUGUGGCCGAGCUUUCCACCCGACGACUCCAAAUUAAGACGGUCGUCCUCGGUCGCUGCCUGUAUAACGUUGUCGCCAUUGUCUGUGGUGUCCUCACCCCGUACAUGCUGAACCCCGGCGAGUGGGAUUGGGGCAACUAUGCGGGUUUCUUCUGGGGCGGCAUCUGCUUCUUGUGUAUUAUCUACACAUACUUCCGCGUUCCCGAGCCCCGCGGUCGCUCAUUCGCCGAAUUGGAUAUGCUCUUCGAGCGUGGUGUGAGCGCUCGCAAAUUUGCGACCACCGAGGUCGACGUGUUUGACGAGACCAUUGAAGGCCGCGUCGUUGAUGAAUACCGGGCGCAGAAGAACGCCGCCAAUGACCCUAGCCAGGUCGAGAAAGACGCUGGCACUGCAUGAUUGAUGUUGAUGCCCCGUAAUAAGCUCUCAUGUCUAUGAUGACCCUGUCGUGUUGUUGUUGUCUAGCCGGUCCUGUCUGGCUAGUUUUUGGUCUUGUCGUUGCAUUUACAUGCCCAGGAUGUAUAUAAUCAUAAAUAUCUGUAUCUACACCACUUAAUAAACCUCUAAUAAAUAUCAAUUGCUAUUCGAGCCA